AUGCCAACGAAAAGUCCGACCCGUAAAGAACCGAAACCUGGUGCCAAACAUCCGAAAUACCGUUCGAUGGUUAUGACGGUAAUCAAUAGUAAAAUUUCACGGAAUGGUGUUUCAUUGAGAGCGAUAUUAAAUUAUAUCCAUUCAACUUUUGAAGUGAGUUCAAGUUCGAAGUUCGUCAACACGCAAGUGAUGAAAGCGUUGGCGAAUAUGGUUGAGGACUGUGUGGCUAUUUUAGUGACUGGCACGAUAGGAACAGGUUACUUCAAACUGAAGUCUUCACAGAAAUCCAAAUCUAAAAGUAACGCAAAUCUACUGCUAAAACGAAAUCAAGAGAAAUUGGUAAAGCAAAUACUCCGCAUCGAACGAAAACCAAAAGAGUUAUUUCAUCUAAAAGAAAAUCUCUCUUACCCAAAAAACCUGAAACGAGCCAGUCUUUUGUAUAAACGAAAAUCUGAUUCAAAAGAUUCUACAAAGAAAUCUAGUUCAAAGAACUCGAAAGCUAAGAGUCAUGACAAAGUUCCAGAGAAAUCGGUUAAAAACCCAAAUAAUAUUCAGAAGAAACCACCCCCACAAGUCGAACCAAAAUCACCGAAAGUGAAAAAAGAAUAA